AUGAGCCGGGCCGAGAACGCCAUCUCCAACGCCCAGGCACGCUGGGAGCUGGAAAACGAUGUGCUGGCCGCCGGGCCGAGUGAUUUGGAUAGCCUGUACAGUUUUGACGCUGAGGAGCAGAAGGCCAUCCAGGCAUCCAAGCCCUGGGCUCGCGACCCUCACUACUUCAAGCGGGUGCGAAUAUCGGCGCUGGCCCUGCUGAAGAUGGCGAUGCACGCCAAGAGCGGCGGCAACAUAGAGGUCAUGGGCGUCAUGCAGGGCAAGAUUCAGGGCAACGAGUUCAUUGUGAUAGACACCUUUGCGCUGCCUGUGGAGGGCACUGAGACGCGGGUGAAUGCGCAGGCGGAGGCGUACGAAUACAUGGUGGACUUCCUUGAGACAAACAAGGCCUCUGGGCGGCUGGAGAACAUAGUGGGGUGGUACCACAGCCACCCCGGCUACGGCUGCUGGCUGUCGGGCAUCGAUGUGGGCACGCAGAGCACAAACCAAAAGUACCAGGAGCCCUUCCUGGCCAUCGUGGUGGACCCGCACCGCACCGUGGCAGCGGGCAAGGUGGAGAUUGGCGCUUUCAGGACCUUCCCAGAGGGGUACAAGCCGCCCGAGGAGGGCCCUGGAGAGUACCAGACCAUCCCGCUGGACAAGAUCGAGGACUUUGGGGUUCACUGCAAGGAGUACUACAGCCUGGACAUCUCCUUCUUCAAGUCCUCCCUCGACUCCCACCUGCUGGACCUGCUGUGGAACAAGUACUGGGUCAACGCCCUGUCCAGCAACCCGCUGCUCAACACGCGCGACCUGUUUGCCGGGCAGCUGGCAGAUAUAGGCAAGAAGCUGGAGGCAGUUGAGAGCCAGGUCAGCAGCAGCGGGCGGCUCGGGCGCUUUAUGACCGGACCCAGCAGCAAAAAAGAGGAUGGCAAGUUGGAGGCUGUGGUGCGCGACACUGCGCGGGUGGCGGCGGAGCAGAUCAAGGGCCUGUCCACGCAGGUCAUCAAGGAGCUCCUAUUCAACCGACGCUGCGGCUGCAGCGGCCAGCACGCGGCGGGAGCAGCGAGCGGAGCGGCAGCAGCGGCGGCAGGCGGCGGCGGCGCCAUGCCGAUGGAGAGCGGCUGA